UGCUUCUUACCGGCUGGUCGGGAUUCAGACACCGUGCAGUCAUCUGUGUGUGGUGACAAACGAUAGCGCGUAGGCCUUAACAAUCUGCGUGACAGAUACACAAACACAGAGGCAUUCUUUAACAGUGAAUUCAAGAGGAAGCUGCGAUGGCGAUGAAAAUGGAUUUAAAUGCCAUCAUAGAGCAAAUGGAGACGGGAGAGCAAGACAGCGCUUUGGCGACUCUACAGAGCUACAACAUAGAGAUGAACCAGUGCUUUACAUUCAGCAAGGAAGAAGAGCGGGACAGAAAGCAUCUUGGGGAGUUGGUGCUUGGUUUCCUGAACAGGGACUUGCAGCCUUCCUGCCAGCUGGCCUGUCUAGAAACAGUUCGAAUCCUUUCCAGAGACAAACACUGCCUGGACCCCUACAUUAGUCGCUCUGCCAUGUCUACUCUCUGCCGCUACGCCGGCAUCUCAGUGGCUGGUACUGCUGUACCUGCCUACAGCCAGCCAGUGGAGGGCCAAGUGAAGGGUGAGGGAGGAGAGGAGGAAAAGGCAGCAGAUAGAUCAAGUGAUGUGGUGAAGGAAGCCUCCCCUACUCCAGAAAACCCUGACCAGGAAGUGAUUGUAGAGGCUCUCAAGUCCAUCUGUAACAUCCUGCUACACAGCGAGACAGGACAGGUGAUAGCAGCAGAUCUUCAAAUGAUAAAGGGUGUGGCAGAGAGGCUGAAGCAGUGUCAUGAUCCCACCUGGAACCAUGAGGUACGUUUCUUUGACCUGCGCCUCACCUUCCUGCUCACUGCCCUCAGAGUAGACAUCAGGGCGCAGCUGGUUCAAGAGCUUCACGGCAUCAGUCUGCUAGGCAACCAGCUGGAUGCUGCACUUGGUCUGUGUCGGCCAGACACAUUGGAGAUUGGGUUAGAGGGUGUCUCAACUGAAGAACCACUCCCACUGAGCCGCCAGCAGACAGAACUAGCCAUGGAAAUACUGAAAAUACUGUUCAAUAUUACAUUUGACACAACCAAGCACAAGAUCGAUGAGGAAGAGGCAGCAGAGUACAGACAUUUGGGAGCCAAACUAAGACACUGUCUAAUGAGCCAUGCAGAUGGAGAGGAGCGGACUGAGGAGUUUCACAGCCAUACUGUUAACUUGCUAGGUAACCUCCCUCUGCCCUGUUUGGAUGUACUGUUGAUGCCCAAGGUGCAACAAGGAUCCUGUGAGUACAUGGGGGUCAACAUGGAUGCUGUCAACAUUCUGCUAGAAUUCAUGGAGAAAAGACUUGACCGGGGACAUAAACUGAAGGAGACCCUUCUCCCUUCACUGAACUUACUGACUGAGAGUGCCCGCAACCACCGAGAGACCAGGAAGUUCCUUAGGUCAAAGGUGCUGCCUCCACUGCGUGAUGUGAAGAACAGGCCAGAGGUGGGCAGUACUCUGAGGAACAAACUAGUCCGUUUAAUGACACACAUUGACACUGACGUCAAGGACGGUGCUGCCGAAUUCCUCUUUGUUCUCUGCAAAGAAAGUGUUUCAAGGUUCAUUAAGUACACUGGAUACGGUAAUGCUGCAGGUCUGCUGGCUGCAAGAGGACUUCUUAGGGGGGGCAGAGACUCUGGCAUCUACUCUGAAGAUGAAGACUCUGAGACAGAGGAGUACAGAGAGGCCAAGGCCCAUAUAAAUCCAAUAACAGGAGUUGUAGAAGAGGAGCAGCCAGAUCCCAUGGAGGGAAUGACAGAGGAGCAGAAAGAAUAUGAAGCCAUGAAGCUGGUCAACAUGUUUGACAAACUGUCAAGGACCAAUGUGAUCCAGCCCAUGCAGCUCGGUAUGGAUGGGAAGAUGAGAGAGAUGACUCCUGAGGAUCUGCAUAAACUGACCCACAAUCCUUUGUUUCAGCCAGAAGAGCACAUAAAUUCUGACAGUGAAGAUGAGGCUUAGCAAACACAGAAGCAUAAAUGCAGAAACAGAUUCAACUCCUGUGACAAUUGUGGAAGAGCUGUGUCAUUAUUUUAAAUACUCACAUCACAUAUUAUACCACCACAUAUAUUCUGAUGGGAGGUGAAGCUUACGGAAAGUUAGCAUUUGUUUAGUCAAAGUGAAAACACAGCAUGGAGUACACGGGGCGGCUUAAAGGACCAUAUCGCUGGUGUUAUGAGUGCUAUUCUGUCAAUUACAAAUCACCAACUACUGCUGACCAUUUUCCAAAGAGUACCAUUAGUUUCCUUCCUCCAAUAUUCAUUUCAGUAUACCACGAAAACCACUGUGCUUAGGGGCAAAGCUCAGCAAAUGUCAAAAAGAGCUGAAAAUUCUUGACUCUAAAGCUAGUGUGGGGUCCCCUGGAUUUUAAGUUGUUGAACCUUAAAAAUAACUUCCAAAGCAUAGAUUUCUUGAAUGAUGUCAUCUGUCAGGGGACAACCUGUGAAGGGUUUCCCUAAAUAAGACCUUUCCACCAUAAGCAGGAAAUUUCUCCAGAAUGCAGGUGCACAUGCUCAUCAUCAGAUCAUCUUCUGACUUUAAUGAGAUCAGUUACACAUAAUGUUUCACCACAACAACAGUAUGCCUGAGCUCUCUGUUAAUGUGCAAGUCAUCUUUGAUUGGCAUUUAUCAGUCACCUCCACACAUACUGUAUCCUUUAACUUUUGAAAAAAUGACAUUUGAAAAACUCAACAGCACCAUUUCUUCCCAAAAACAACAUCCCAGUUAAUGUUACUCAGGAUAAUCCACGGACCUCACUGUCAACAGAAAUAUCUACAGCAGAAACAGAUUUGUGCUCACAGUUUGUCUCCAUAUGAAGUUGAACAUUUUUAAGGAACAUGUCUGUGAAGAAAUGGUCAGUUAUUCAAGAUUAGAAUCAAUCAAAUCAACUAAAGAUACUCAAAGAUGUUUUGCCUCUCAUCCAAAAGGCUUCUUCAGUUUGUAGGAACAUUUUUACAGAAUGUUGGAACUCUUUGUGAUUAGAUGAAGACAUAUGUCAUUUUACUUACUUUUACAUGAGAGCAAAGGAAAAUAGCCAAAGAGCUGUUCUUCAGUUUAUAAUGAUGGAAUCAACUGUAUCUUAAAAAAAUAAAACUAUGAACUGUA